CAGCUGAGUGCCUAGUAGCUGCCUACUGGUCGAAGUUCAGCACUCCACCCGCAGCACGCAGCUUGGUCGUUACAGCCCGGCGCUUGGAGGCUCUGAGGCCUGGUGAGCAGAGGUCUAGUGCCCAGCCGUCAUGUCGAUCUUCACCCCCACCAACCAGAUCCGCCUGACCAAUGUGGCCGUGGUGCGGAUGAAGCGCGCGGGGAAGCGCUUCGAAAUCGCCUGCUACAAAAACAAGGUCGUCGGCUGGCGGAGUGGCGUGGAAAAAGACCUUGAUGAAGUUCUGCAGACCCACUCAGUGUUUGUAAAUGUUUCCAAAGGUCAGGUUGCCAAGAAGGAAGACCUCAUUAGUGCAUUUGGAACAGAUGACCAGACCGAAAUCUGCAAGCAGAUUUUGACUAAGGGAGAGGUUCAAGUGUCAGAUAAAGAACGGCACACGCAGCUGGAACAGAUGUUUAGGGACAUUGCAACCAUUGUGGCAGACAAAUGUGUGAACCCAGAAACAAAGAGGCCCUACACCGUUAUCCUCAUUGAGAGAGCCAUGAAGGAUAUCCACUACUCAGUCAAACCCAACAAGAGCACAAAGCAGCAGGCUUUGGAAGUAAUAAAGCAAUUAAAAGAGAAGAUGAAGAUAGAACGUGCUCACAUGAGGCUGCGGUUCAUCCUGCCAGUGAAUGAGGGGAAGAAGCUGAAGGAGAAGCUGAAGCCGCUGAUGAAGGUUGUAGAGAGUGAGGACUACAGUCAGCAGCUGGAAAUCGUGUGUCUCAUCGACCCGGGCUGCUUCAGAGAAAUCGAUGAGCUGAUAAAAAAGGAAACCAAAGGCAAGGGCUCCCUGGAAGUGCUGAGUCUGAAAGACGUGGAGGAGGGAGACGAGAAACUCGAAUGACCUCCCAGCUCCGUAGCUGUGAUGCCAACCCCUGUUCAAACGUUCUGCCACUCUCCCACUCUGGUGUUAAACGUUUACCUAGGUGCAAUGUGGGGAUGAUUUCCAUUUAAUUUUAAGUUGGGGUUCUAGGCAACAAUGAGAAACCCAAAAUACAGAGUCCAGCGUAGCUCUUCACUGAUGUCAUACCUUACAAAGGUCAAUUUUAUGUGUGAUAUGAUUGGAGAGGUGUGUACAAAGGGCAGUGUUGUGGCUGGAGAGAUGGCUUAGCAGUUAAGAGCACUGGCUGCUCUUGCAGAGGACCUGGGUUCAAUUCCCAGCACCCACGUGGCAGCUGACAACCAUCCGUAACUCCAGUUCCUGGGGAAUCUGACACCCUGUUCUGACCUUAGUGGCACUGCACGACACGGGUGCACUUACAUACAUGCAGACAAUACACUCAUGCACAAAAUUUUAAAAAUAAAAUAUUUUUUAAAAGGAAAUGUUAGCUGGGAAGAAUAGCAUGGUAUCUGCAUAGUGCAGUCUGGGUCUGGGGUAUACUCAGAUGAAAACUUAUUUCCUAUGCAGAUCUACAAUGACUGGCAGAACUUAAAUUUUUAAUUCUCAUCAAACAUGCUACCACACUGACUUUGAUUAUUCUCAGUAAAAUAUAAGAAGUCAUUACUAAUUCCUAAAGUUUAUAAUAUAUGUUAGUGUAGCUAAAAUUAUACAUAAUAAAACUUAUUUUUAUUAAGUUCUGGCUUGCAUUUCUAGACAGCUUUUUAAUUUUUUUUUUUAUUUCUGUGACAAAAUACCUGACAAAAGCUACCUAAGGGAGAAAGGAUUUAUUUUGGCUCACAGUUGGAGGGUGCCAGUCCAUCAUGGUCAAAAGGUAAGACUGCAGGAGUGGUGAGGUGACUGCUUACAUUGUAUCUGGAAGCAGGCUGAUGAAUACUUGCUUUCUCCAUUUUUUUCUCUCUUGGACUCCAACCCAUGGGAUGGUGCCAUUCUCGUCUCACUUCUAUACUGGUUCAUUCCAUUCCUCCCAGUCCCCUUCUGAGCUGAGGCUAGAAUGCAGGGCCGUACACUGAGCCAUACCACCAGCCCCACUGGGAGAGUCUAGGAAGGUGGUCUAUGACUGAACCACAACCCCAGCCUCUCCCUUAGACUCUAGGCAGGUUCUCUUAACAGCCACAACCCUAACUCCUCAUUGGGGAUUCUAGGCAAGUGCUCUACAACUUAGCCAUGCCCACAGCAUCUCACUGGGGAACUUUAGGCAAGAGCUCAACCACUAAGCCACAUGACACCCUGGCCCUUACUAAUGUCUUCUGGUAGAAGUUUGGGUCAGGUCUUUGAGCACUUGUUGGUCUCAUUCACUACAAGGUUUUAUGCUCUCUGUGCAAAGGCUUGUCAAUAAUACCCAUCACGUUUGCGGCAGGUGAUACUUCAAAAGAUCAGCCUGCAAAACCCCAGAAGUGCUCAAUGUAUAAGGUCUGCCCUUAGAAAGUACCCAUCAGGCUGGACAAAGGAAACAUGGCAAGUAAAUCCAAGUAUUUUAUUCUGUAAAGCACGUAUGCACAUACUUCAAACACAGAAAAUCAACAAGAGAGGGAACGCCAUCACAGAUCAACUAGUGACCGUCAUGCAGCAAGGGUCGGGAGAUGGAUCUGCUGCCUUCACACCCUGCAGUGCCUGCAGGAGGGUCAAAACAUGGUAGGCCAAGUCCUCUGCACUGCUGGGGAGAACACAACAGAAACUCCAGGUUCCAAAUGAUGAGAACUUACACAUAGAAUCAAAACUGAUUCAAGUCAUACCAUAUGGUGAAAGGACUAAAAGAAAAGGAAAGAGAUCAAUAUGAUCUGAAACAACCAUUUCACAAGAAGUUGCUGACCUCUGAUUGGACCUCCAGUCCAUGACUGCUACUGUGGUCAGAGUCUCCUCUGAAUGGCCAAUGGCCCAGUCUGCAACAUUUCAGUCCUAAAGUUCACCAAGAGACAGCUGAGGAGCGGGCCUGGUGUGUACCUGUCAGUAACAGGUUCUGCAGACAUCUCUUCAGGCCCCUUGUGACCACCUCCUUCCCUGGCCCUACUGCAUCCAAUGACCUGCCCUGGUGAAUGCUGAUUAUUAAAGUGAGUGUCUGGUCUUAGGACAGAUCAUGUUGUCUAGCAUUUUGGGUCUUCCUCUCAUCAGGCCUAAUGGGUUUUCCCCACAUACAGAUCCCAGCCAUUGUCUGUAAAACCAGGGUGACUAACAGUAGGAACACAAACUGGGUUGAACAGUGAAAGUGACUCCUUAACUGUCUAACUCCACUGGGACAUCAUUACUCUGUAGCAGCUUAAUCUGGAACCUGAUGGUCCUGAUGACACAUUUUUACCAGCCAGGCCACUGGCUUUCUCCAUCCUGUCUCAAAGUCUAUAAGAUAAGACUAAAUUAAAUUCACAAGUUAGCCAUCGUGCAAGCAACUUGUA